AUGGCCUGCAGCCGCGCCGCCCUCCUCGCGCUGGCAGCUCUCGCAGCACUCGCCGGGUGUUGCGUGUGCGCGCCUCAAGGCAGCCUGCAGGGCGGCGUGCAGGGCGGCGCGCAGGUGCCGCCGGGUGUCCCCCACUCCACAGCGCCGCCCGGCGUCGGCGGCGUGCGCAGAUUCAGUCAGUAUUCCAGAGGGCGCGGGUAUCGAGACUGGCGCACGCGUGGCGACCCCACGCUCAUCAACUCGCUGUGGCGCAGUCGACAGCCGCUCGGCAUCCGCAAGCAGCUUGGGAACGCGGAGGUGUACAUAGUGUUGGCGCUGCUGAUCGGGUUCGUGACGGUGGUGGUAGGGUGCUGGCUGUCGGACAACUGCUGGUCUCCGGAGCCCGAGGACAUCUUGGCGGGCGGCUGA